UCUCUCGCGAGAUUUUAUCAAACUUCCGCCAAAAUGGCGACUUGGAGGUGGUUGUUGACGACGUUCAGGCAAUCUGCAGCAACUUUCAACAGCCUGAGGAGUGCUGUCAGUCGGCAACGGCUGAGUCCCGCGGUCCUGCUGGGUUUCGGAGCUGCUGGAGUCGGGGGCCUGGUGUUUCACGGCGGGGGCAGGUGGUGGAGCAGCAACAGCCUGAGCCGCAGCUACAGCGUAUACGCAGCCGAGCAGCAGGAUCUGCCUAAAGAGGAAACUAAAGAAGAUAGUGGAUAUGCUAAAAAUCGUAAGCAGCGUUUCAGAAUGUUGGCCUCAGUGGAGUAUGAAGGAGAAUUAUAUAUGACUCCUCGAGACUUUUUGUUCUCUGUGAUUAUGGAAAGCAGAGAUGAUACUGAACCGCACCUUACAGGUAGGAUGAAUAAAAAGAAAUUAACAAAGCAGGAUAUUGAUGCACUAAUGACGAGAGCUACAAAGCUGAAACAAACCCAUCAUCUUUUCAGAGAUCUUGGUGAUGAAGGUCUAAUAUCAUACACAGAAUACUUAUUCCUGCUGGGUAUUCUAACAAAACCACACACUGGAUUCCAUAUUGCCUUUAGUAUGCUGGACAUUGAUGACAACCAACAAGUUGAGAAAAAAGAAUUCCUAAUGCUGCAGAGCAUCAUUGGGCAAAAGAAAGAGCACAAGCCAGAAGCACAUUCUGCAUCAGAAAUUAACAAAGAAAUGAACACAACGUUGUUGGUACACUUCUUUGGGAAAGAAGGAAACCUUAAGCUCCAGUAUAAAGACUUUUAUAGAUUUAUGGAAGACUUGCAAAGAGAGGUACAAGAGAUUGAAUUCCGAGAGUUCUCUCGAGGCAUGAAAACCAUGAGAAGAGAGGACUUUGCAUCGUGGCUGCUCCACUUCACUGAAGAGCAAAAUCGUGGUACCUACUGGAAAAAUGUAACAAUGAAAAUUCCUCCAGGAGAGAGCAUUUCCUUUGAAGAAUUCAGGGCAUUUUACAAUUUUAUGAAUCAUCUUGAGGAUUUUGCUUUCACCAUGAACAUGUUCACUGCAGCCAAUCGUCCUGUUGGAAUAGGACAAUUCAAGAGAGCUGUGAAAGUUGCAACAGGGCAAGAACUAUCAGAUAACGUUCUUGAUACAGUCUUCAAGAUUUUUGAUAUAGAUGGAGAUGGACGUUUGAGCAAACAAGAGUUCCUUGCAGUGAUAAUGACCAGGCUCCAUCGUGGCUUUAAGGCACCAACACAACAUGGAUUGAAGGGCUAUUUUAAAUGUGUGAAGAAAGAAACAAUUGCUGGAGUUCAUGAAGCCUGGAAACAGUCUGGGAGAAGUCCCUGUUAAUAACUACUGAACACAGGAACUUUAAAAAAAAAUCCACUACCUUACAUAAAUUUUAUCAACUAACAAGUUCUUCUGCCAGUGAAUUUAAAAAGUCCUGCAAUAUAUUUUGACAUGGCUAUUUGAAACUUGUAAAUGUCUUGUUUACAUAGUGUUUACAGAAAAAAACGCUACACUGUCUUCAUGAAAAUGUAUUCCGGCAAGUCUUUUCUCACUUGUUUACAUACUUAAACCUUAACAAAAAAUAUAAUGUUCUGCCAUUUAUAAUCAAGGGUGUAAUGUGUUCUUUCAGCUUCUAUUAUUUAAAUAGCAAAAGGGUUAAUCUAUUAUAUUUUCAUGAAGACAAUGCAGUUUCAAUAAAAUUAGACUUGUUUAAAUAGUUGCAUUGAUUCUUUUUAGUAUGACUAAUACUAAUUGUGUUUGUUUAAAAAUGCUCUAACAAAAUAUUUAACCAGUGCUACUUCAUUGCAAAGCACAAAAUAUCCAGGAAGUUCAGUGAAUGUUUCUUCAGUUUGUUUUAUACAUACUUACUAUGAAUCUCAAAAAUUAUUUUCAAAAAUGGAUGCUUUUUUAAAAAUCUAUUAAUCUUAUGGAAGUUCUACAAGUAAUAUUUUGUGAAUGGUUCAUUUACUGUGGUGAUCUCAAUUAUUUUAAUACUUUUUGGGGGUGAAUAAAUUUAAUGAAUACAGUGAUUUAAUUGAAACUUUAAUGUGCACUGUUUCUUUGCACUAAUAAAGUUUGGCUUUCAAAAUCAGUUUUGAUAUGUCAGAACAUGCAUGGCAAAUGAUUCAAAUAUUUGUUCUAUUGCAACUGCCAUUGUCGUCAUUAAACCAUCUAAAUAUUAACUAACACACAUUGCUAAUUGAAAACAUUAAAUGUGUUUAGGACAAUACGUUGUGUCCUAAUCCUACUCCUAUUUACAGUAAUACCAAUCAAUACCUAUUGGCCUUGGUUGUCUUCAGGCAAGUUUUUAUUGAGUUUAUUCUCUUGGAGAUACGGUUCUGUUGCAGUACUAUAACUGGUUUUGUAAAGUAGUAACUGGAAUCUAGACUAUUCCCACAGUCCAAUGUUUUAUUUUAAACUGCAUGGAAAUAAAUCAAUAUUCAGUAAACUGAAACCCAUGAAAGCAAUGCUUUCCUCUGUCAGUUGCAAACAAUAACAAGUGAAUCAAAACUAAAGUAAAUAAGAUUUGAUUCAGUAGUAUGAUUCAGCUUGACUAUGCAAUCAAUAAUGUUUCACACCAGUUCAGUAGGUCAAUUACCUCCUUUUAGAAUUAUCAACAUUAUAGGCCUUCCCCUGGGAUGCUGGUAGAAAGAAAAUUAAUCUGAAGCCUUUAAACAAAGCAGGCUAUGAGUUGAUUUGUAACCAUUAUCCAUAUGUGAAAAGAGCUGCUAGGAAUUUACUCUGUCAGCCUCUCAGAAUGUUUAAGGCAUUGCUUCUCCUUCUUCUAAAUGCUAGUGAAUGUACACCAAGCUUUCUCAGACAACCCCAACAUCCCAGGCAUCAGUCUUGUAAAUCUGCAGCAAAAUGAUUUAUCUAUUUUCAGCUGAUGCUUAAGCAUCAGAAUAAUAAUCAAUUUUCAAAUUAUAUGGCAAUAGGCUAAAUUACAUUAAUAGCAACACAAGACUGCAAUUAACAGUAGAAAUUUACAUACUCAUCUAUAUUAUCAAAUGACUACCAGAUUUAGAGCAACACAAAAUGAAACAUUUCUCAUUCCUUGUAGCUCUGUCAGCUUCAAGUUUAGAUCAUUAAAUGUAAGAGCAUUAUCAGGCCAUUUGACCCAUCAAGUCUGCUCCACCAUUUCAUGAUGGCCAAUCCACUUCCCUUUUAACCCCAUUCUCCUGCCUCCUCCCUGUAACCUUUCAUGCCUUAACUAAUCAAAAACCAAUCAACCUCCACCUUAAAUAUACCCAGUGACCUGGCUUCCACAGCCGCCUGUGGCGAUAAAUUUUCCUCCAAUAGUUACUGCUCAAUGGCUUUAAGCAGUAAAGCAUUCUGGUUAAGGAUUUUUAAAUCAGUUAUUUCCUUCAUCCCCUAUGUAUCAGCCUUUACCAACAUCACAAAGAUACGCCUCUAGCACAAACUACAUUACUGCAUGUCACACACUUAUAAUCAAUGUUUGGAAACCUUUAUCACUGAUCCAUAUAGUAGUUUAUUUUUUGCAGAUAUUCAGCCCAUAAAGGGAUGCUUUCUAAAAUACAUUCCUACCUUCUCUCUCACAAUUUCUGAAGUGCUUGUGUAUGGCAAAUGAAUAAGCAAUCCUACAAAUACUCACAUUGCAUGCAUAUGUUACAAUAAUCUUGCUUUCUAUUACAUGCCUCUGUUCAGACAAGCUGUCAAAUUACAUCUCUGCAUGUCCAAAAAUAAGGGGUCACUUAAAAUAGAAAUCAAGGAGGUGAAAAUCACAAGUAUUUGAAUUGCUUGUCCUCCAAGGGCAAUAAAAGCAGUCUUUGAAUAUUUUGAGAUCAAAAUCAGGUUUAAUAUCAUCAGCAUAUGUUAUGAAAUUUGUUGUCAUGCGGCAAUACAUUGCAACACACAAUAAUAAAACUAAAUUAUAAUAAGUGCAUAAAUAUUUUAAGAAGUUAAAUAGGUAGUGAAAAAAGAGGGGAAAAAAGUAGUGAGGCAGUGUUCAUGAGUUCAAUGUCCAUUCUGAAAUCAGAUGGCAGAGGUGAAGGAGCUAUUCCUGAAUCAUUGAAUGUGUGUGUUCACACUUCUGUACCACCUUCCUGAUUGUAGCAAUGAGAAAAGGGCAUGUCCUGGGUGAUGGAGUCUUUAAUGAUGGAAGCCACCUGUUUGAGGCAUCACUCCUUGAUGACGUCCUGGAUGCUGGGAAGGCUAGUGCCCAUGAUGGAGGUGACUUAAGUUGACAACUUUCUCCAGCUUAUUUCGAUCCUGUGCCGUGGUGCCCUAAUCCCCCAUACCAGACAUUGUUUCAAUUGGAAUACUCUCCACAGUACAUAGAACCAUAGAACAUUACAGCACAGAAACAGGCCCUUUGGCCCUUCUUGGCUGUGCCGAACCAUUUUUCUGCCUAGUCCCACUGACCUGCACCUGGACCCAUAUCCCUCCAUACACCUCUCAUCCAUGUACCUGUUUUUCUUAAAUGUUAAAAGUGAGCCCGCAUUUACCACUUCAUCUGGCAGCUCAUUCCACACUCCCACAACUCUCUGUGUGAAUAAGCCCCCCCCCCCAAUGUUCCCCUUAGAUUUUUUCCCCUUCACCCUUAACCCAUGUCCACCAGAUUUUUCUCACCUAGUCUCAGUGGAAAAAGCUGUAGAAAUUUAUGAGUGUCUUUGGUAACAUACCAAAACUCCUAAUGAAAUAUAGUCACUGUCAUUCCUUCUUUGUAACUGCAUCGAUAUGUUAGGCUCGGGAUAGAUCGUCAGAGAUGUUGAUAUCCAGGAACUUGAAACUGCUCACCCUUUCCACUUCUGACCCUCGAUGAGGAUUGGUGUGUGAUCCCUCAUCUUACUCUUUCUGAAACCCACAAUCAAUUCUUUGGUCUUACAGACAUUGAGUGCAAGGUUGUGCCUGUGACACCACUCAACCAGCUGAUCGAUCUCACUCCUGUAUGCCUUCUCAGCUCCAUCUGAAAUUCUGCCAACAAUAAUUAUGUUGUCAGGAAAUUUAUAGAUGGCAUUUGAGCUGUGCCUACCCACACAGACAUGGGUGUAGAGAGAGUAGAGCAGUGGCUAAGAACACAUCCUUGAGUUGCAGUGGUGUUGAUUAUCAGCGAGGCGGAGAUGUUAUUUCCAUUCCACACACACUGUGGUCUUUCGGUGAAGAAGUCGAGGAUCCAGUUACUGAAAGAGGCACAGAGGCCCAGGUUUUGGAGCUUUUUGAUCAAAACUGUAGCAAUGACUGAGUUAAAUGCUGAGUUGUAGUCAAUAAACAGCAGCCUAGUGUAAGUAUUAGCAGGUAUUAGAUAGUAAGAUUCCUGUUAAGCACCAAGUUUAUCAGAAUGGGUGGGAGUGCAGACUUGAAAUUCCUUUAAAAUCAGUCAUGAUCUUAUUGAAUGGAAUAUGCACGUAACUAUUUGCUUAGCUGAGGGCCUGACUCAACCAAAUUAGGAACCUAUAAUGUUCAACUAUGAAGUGUUUCUAACAUGCCACUAUGAUUCAGAGGGUAGUUUUCAAACAAAAGUGAACCAUAACACGAAAUACCGGAACAGUUUCUCAAAGAUUUGACAAAAUAGUAGAUUAUAAAGAGCACCUCGAAAGGAUGAAUGGAGCUGGUUUCAAUUAGAUUACAGCCUGCAGAGUUUUGAAUUACUCUGAGCUUAUGAACCGUAGAACAAGGGGAGCCAGCCAGGACCAAAUUGGAAUACUGAACUUUAAAGGAAUAAAGAUAGAUGAGGAUUUCAGUAAAAGAACCAAGGCAUGAGUGAAGUGGGGCAGUUAUCAAAAUGGAAAGAGGUUGCUUAAGUCAGGCAUGAAUAGUUGGUCUGAACCUCUACUUAGAAUCAAGUAUAAAGCAACAAUGACAAUAGCCUAGAUCAGUUUCAGAAAUACAGAAAUUGAAAUAGGGACUGAAUGCUUUUCCCUCCAUAUCUUGUUUCUCGAUCCAGUAUUGGAUGUUUGAUAACAAGCUGGUCUAAACAUUGCUAAUAUUUAAAAUUGGGAAUUGGGAUGAAUUAAUACCACCUCUCAUAAGUAUCUGACAGUGAUCAACACAAAGAAAUCUAACCACUACCCCUUGGCAUUCAAAGCAUGCCUAAUUAUAAUUACUAACUUGAAUCAAAUCAUUUAAAUUAGUUUGACUAUGGAUGCACACUGCAGGCCGCAUAUUCCUGAUGUCACAAAGUCUUUCAAUAAUACAGGAAUGGUUAGGAUUGCUGAAAAAAACUUAUCACUUUCAGUUUAGUCCGGAGACAUUGAAUUAAAGCUUUAAUUCAUUCUGUAUAAAGCAGCCAAUGUUAUUGUUAUUGCAAAUCAAUUGAUACAGACAAGUUUUCAAGGUUUCCUUAACCACCAGUACAUGGGAACUCUUCAACAUCUAGAAUAAGGCAGUCAUUGUUCAAGAACUUUGAAACUCCUUCCAUUGCAGCAAAUCAGAACUUGUCUGAGAAGUUGGUCUUUCUACAACAAUGCCCCCAUAUUACUUCUGAAUGCUAGCAAAUGUCCACACUCAACUGAUGAAUCAGUAACACUUGGAUGAAGCCCAGUACUCUGGGUCGGGAACUCUAACUCCAUUGCCAGAACUAGCUAAACUAGACAAAGCUUCAACAGAUAAGGAGUGAACCAAUGCAAGUAAUAAACCUACUUAAUCUCAUCCUCACAAAUUUACCCAAGACAUCUAUCCAUUCUAGCACAGAAGUGACCACUGCAUAGCCCUGGUGGAGCUAACAUUUCAUGUUAUCUUUCUAUGAGGACACAUCAUAGAAAGUUUCAUAUCACACGCAGAUGGUCGAAGUUGGUGAUCUAUGAGGCUCUGUGGUCCAGCAGCAGCAAUAUACAAUCACAAUAUGUAAUCUCAUGGUAUGGCGUAUUCCUCAUUCAAUCAAGCUAGUGGAUCAAUCCAGGUCAAUGAGAAGAGAAAGGCUUGCCAAGAGCAAUGCUGGGCAAAUAAAUCUAGCAACCUACACAACUUUGAAAUUCCUUCCAUUACUGCAAAUCAGAGCUUGUCUGAGAAGUUAGUCUUUCUACAACAGUGCUCAUAUGUCAGAAGGAGAAUGUGCAAACUCCACAGAAACAGCACCUGAGGUCAGAAUUGAACCCAGGUCUCUUGUGGUGUGAGGUAACAGCUUUACUAAAUGCACACUGUGCUGAGAAUACUGUGCUUAGGCUUUGCAAGUAACAUUUUGAAUAAAACUAAGUACAUCUUUCACCAGCGGUAAGGAAUGUCAAUCUAAUGGGCACAUCAGCACAUUGAAAGAGACAUAAACACAAUGAAGGAGACAAUCCAAUGAAAAUUAGAAUGUCUAAGCAACAGGUGGUUUCCAUUCAACCCUAUUCAUCAGGAUCGAUCUAGCUAUAGCUUAUUGAGGAGCAAUUUGGUAGAACAAUUUAGUAUCCCUUAAUUGGUAAUUUGACCAACAUCUGUCCCAGUCUUUCCAAUGUACCAUAUUUGCCCAGAACCCAGCAGUGAUAUUCAAAUUACUUGUCAUUCCAAGUUAUAUAGCUUCAAUGGAAAAUUUGCAUACAGACUUCAUAAUAGUUUAUCCCCUCACAGGCUAAAUUAACUGUGUGUACAAGACCUGUGUACAAACAACUGUAUACAAAGGCAUACCAGCUGUUAUAAUUCAUUAGGAGUAUGAGGAGAUUUGGUAUAUCACCAAACACUACCAGAUUUCUACAGUGUUUUAGAACAGCUUCUUUCCCUCCGCCAUCAGGCUUCUGAAUGAUAAA